CCUGAUCUUUCCAUGAACGCGCUCCAUUACCGGGCGGACUUUCUUCACGUUGCUUUUGGGCUGGUCAUAGCCUCUCUACCGCAAAGCUGGAUAUGUUUCAGGUAGGAGUUCUUCGUCGCUGACCAUGCGCACCGUCCUAACUUCGCCGUCAGCGCCUCAAGGGCGCCAUAGACAGGGGAAUCGCCGAAGAGCAAGCCCGACAGCGCCAGGUUGGCCUUAGCAAUCCACCCUCACGAAAUCCUCCACGAAGACGGCCGCAAGCCCAGGAUGGCACUGCCCAACGAGCCAGCUCGAAGCAAAGAGACACGAGCAACGUUUCCACCGAGAAAGGCCCCGACCCUGCUCAAUUCGAGCCUGAGUUUGCCAUUGGAGACGAUGAGAGCGCUGGGCCAAGCAGGGUAGCCACUCCAAAGCCUGAUGUGAAGAAUGAGGCAGCGCAAGAAACAGAGAAGGAAACAGUGGCCAUAGAAAGUGAUGGACAAGAGACCAAGAAGGAGACAGAGGAUCCAGCGAGAGCCAGCAUCGAUGGGAAGCCAUCAGACUCCAAUGGCGGCACUGCUCUCCCUAUCCGCUCUCAAGAGCUGCCGACCGAAGUCCGGGUGAAGCUGCGCAAGCUUGAUCGUAUGGAAGUCAAAUAUGCGGAACUCUUAAAGGCUUAUAAGACGGCCCACUCGAGAAUCCAAUCGAUCGAGUCCUUCGAAGCCUCGCUAAGGGAGAACACACCUUUAACGAGCAUCAACGACCCGGGAGCUUUGGUUGAAUAUCUUAACCAGAUAAACUUGAAGAGCGAUAUGGUGCUGGACGAGCUGAAGCGUGUGACAACGGAUCGAGACGAAUACAAGAAGAAGUUCCAGGCUGCUGAAGAAGACACUGGGAAGCUGCGCAGUGAAGUUACAGACCUUAAAGCCAAAGCCGAGUCAAACCAGCAGGGCUCCUCAGAGUCAGAGAAACCAAUACCUAUCACUGUGGUGGCGAGUGACGAUACUUCCGCUAAAGACAUCACCGAACCAGAUCAUGGAGCAAAAUCGCCCGCAUCUACUUCAUCCCGAAUUGCAAGCUUCUCGCUGUUUUCUCCUCGCUCGAAGGCCGUGUCAGAACGGCCCAAGGACAGCUCGGAAGAUCUCUUCUCCUACGAGUCCGAACACACAAAGCUAGAAUCCGAGUUACACGAGCGUCAAAUCGAGGUGGAAGAUUUGAAAAAGCAGGUUACCAAUUUACACAACGAUCUGAAAGUCGCACGCGAAUCUACCGAAAGCAUGGUGGAGAGUCUCGAGACCGCCACGAGGGAACUACAUGCCCUUCGCGAGGCUAAGGACAAGUUCGACCAGACCAACUCAGAGUUGCAGAAGAAGAUCGACGACCUCGAGUCCAAAGCUGCGUCGGAUACCAGCAGAGCAGAGGACCUGCAAAAGGAACUUGAUCAGCUGCAAGGUCAAAAGAGUGAAGCUUCUGAGCGAGUGCAACAAUUACAGAAUCAAAUACGUGAUUUGGAAUCAGACAACACGGAACUGAAAGCACAAAUCGAGUCGAACGACAAGAACGUAAAUAUAUUGAACGAGAAGCUCGCGCAGAAGGAUUCUAUCGUGAAGGAUCUUGAAGACACGUUGGCAAUGUACAGAUCCACCGAACGACAAGAAGCCGCGCAAAAGAACAACGAAGGAGCUAGCGAAAAGAAGCUUGCAACCAUGCAAGGCAUCAUGGAUUCUCUACGCAACCAACUAGACACGGCGGAGAAAACAGUCGCAGACUUGAAGUCAGAGAUCCAAAGGAACCAAGAGGACUUUUCAAAGCGACCAUCAACCACAGUAUUCGGCUUCCUCAACGACAACAAAGACACGAAACUCGAUUCACUGCGUACGCGCGAGGAUGUCGUGAAUUAUCUCGCAGAGAAUUUCGGUUUGCAGAAAACCCCGUCUCAAAAGACGACGGCAGAAUCGGGGAGGCCCUCGCCUGCUCCUUCAGAGGCGGCUACCGGUACAUCUAAAAAGAAAAACAAGAAAAAGAAGAAAGGCAAGGGCCAGACUGCUCCCACGGAAGAUGGCGAGCUCGAAACACCAGUCAAGGUGUCCGAAAAUCUCGCUGACGUCGAAGAGAGCGUGGCCCGGACUGAUAACGCUUCCCAGGGAGCAAUCUCCAGGCUGGAAGGAGAGAUUGCCAGUCUCCAAGUGGAACUGACUACCAAGACCGACACAAUUGACCGUCUCUCCAAGCAAUUGAAAGAUCAAGAAGAAUUGCAAGAGGAGAUCGAGACAUUACGUGAUGACCUCUUACAUCAGGGCGAGGAACAUGUUGAAGCGCGUGACGCCUUGAAGGAAGCGCAAAACCAGAAACAACGGCUGCAAGAGUCUGUUGACAAGCUUGAGAAAGAGCUAAUCGAGGCUCGUAAUGCGGCUGCAACAGGCGCAGACUCGGAGAAAGCACAUAAAGAAAUACUGGAACAAUUCGACGAGCUCAAAAGUCGAUGCUCUACCUUGGAGAAUGAUCUUGCCGCUUCUGAGCAACUAGCCGCGGGUCGCUUCAAGGACAUUACAGAUCUGAAGGAUCUGCUGUCAAAAGCACAACCUGAGUUGCGAAGCCUGAGAAAUGAGGUCGCCGAACUCAGGUCUGCUAAGGAAGAUCUGAAGAACAAGGCUGGCGAGCUCAACAGGCUUGAAGCCCGUCAUGAAGAUAUCAAGGCUGAGCUUAAGGGGUUCAGCAAAAGACUUGGCGACAAAGACACAGAAAUCAAGGUCUUGCAGCAGAAGAUAGACCAGGAGGCAAAGGCACGGAAUAGACUUGAAAAGGACCUGGAGAAGACAGAAGCGGAUCUCCGGAUGGCGGAAUCCCGACGUCAAGAGGCAGCAGCGUCGUCUGAGCAAUUGACCAACGACCUCACGAAAGCAAAGGAAGAGUCAACAAUGCUCAGGGCGAAACUGCGCGACCUAGAAGAACAAAUAUCCCUCCACAACCGAGAAGCGACAGCAUUGAGGGAAGAAAUAUCCAUGAAGACUGCUUUACACUCGUCUUCUCAGUCUUUGGUCCAGUCACUGAGAGAUCAGACGCAUGAGCUGAACUUGCAAGCUCGCGAAGCCACUACUCGCGCGGACAGCCUAGAAGAAGAGCUGGCCGAGGCGCAACGGAUGCUGUCAGAGCGCACAAGGGAAGGCCAGACCAUGCGGAUGCUGCUAGAUCAAGCAGAAACCGGCACCGAAUCCAGAAUUCGCGAAAUGAAAGAACGCAUGGAUAUAGCAAUUGAGGAACGUGACCGCGUGGAGGACGAGGCGAGCGUCAGCAGCAGGCGCAUGAUGCGCGAGGUCGAAGAAGCGCGGAGUAAAGCUCGAGAUGCCCAACGGGCGCUCAAGGUUGUGGAAGAUGAGAAAGAAGAGCUGGAAAUACGCCAACGUGAAUGGAAGAGGAGAAGAGGCGAGCAUGAACAAGCGGCUUCUCGUGCUUUUAAAGAGGUGGAGGAAGUCCGAGCUGCGAUGGCUGGGCUUCGUGAGGCGCUGGAUGAAAGUGAGCGGCAAGUUCGUGAGCUUGAUGGUCAGAAAAUGGAUCUGCGCAGGAUGGCAGAUGAAGCUAAAGAUCGUGUUGAGAAGCUGACCAGAGCAAACAAGAAUCUCACCGAAGAACUAAAGACCGCCCAAGCUGGUGCUAAAGGUCCACGAGCGUCAAAUCGGGCCGCAACAGGCCUUGACUCUGGAGUACCUAGCUCGCGGACAUCCAUCGAUUCGUCAAGUGCGAGAUCGCCCACGCCUAAAGAGAGGCUGUUAUCGACAGCGACGAGCCGAAGUGAAACCCCGACAGGUGGAGGACUCAGUCAAGGAACGGUUGAUUACGUGUAUCUGAAAAACGUGCUACUGCAAUUUCUGGAGCAGAAGGAUAAGGGUCAUCAGAAGCAAUUAAUCCCCGUGCUCGGGAUGUUGUUGCAUUUUGACCGGAAAGAUGAGCAGAAGUGGAUGGCUGCUAUCUCGACGCGUUAAACCGCGAUCGAAGGGGUCAGACUAUGUCGUCACUGACAACUUCUGACCGAUUGUCGGGAGUGAGUUCAUUGGUAUCAGGUGCGACUUGCCUGGCUGACAGCAUUUUGGUUCAUUGUCAAUCAGCCUUGGACUGCUUCACGGUACCGAUUGGGGCCGACGUACAACAUCCAGGGAGACCACCAGAAAUUCUAUCCCUUUGCCAGAGGCGCUGCUUGUGGUCUGGUCUUUGCACGAUACGAUGUCCUUUUGCACGAUUCGAAGCACUGAGACAUUCUUCAAGGACCAUUCAGCACAAUUGAGUGCACACGCAGUGAAAUGGAAGAAGGGUCAUAGCAUUCAGACUGCUCCAGGGACGUUUACUCAAUGCCCAAACAAAGGCCAAAUCCCAACACGAUUCAGACUCCGUACGCUCAUUAGUCUAGGGAAGACCCGAACCAACCGAGCGUGACAACAACCCCCUCCCAAAACCAACCUAUAAUAACAAUACAGCAUACACGCCAUUCUUACCACUCACGGUAAACUGCUUCGUACAACACGAAAUCGAUGACCUACCGGCAACUUACCAGUAAUCAAAUCUGUCAUCCUCCAAGGCACACAUCUCGCCAAACGCCAUGCGCGAUCCGUUAUAAUGCAGUCGGCCGCAAUCCGCUCUGCUCCAGGCCCGAGCGUAUGGUUCGAUUCGAACUCGUCUGCCGGCGCCGGCACCGGUACAGGGCUUCACGGGUCUGCUGGGCGGGGUCACAGGGGGUGUCGGUAGUACGACCACGGGGUGCGGGAGAUCUUGAAAAUAGCAUGACUCACCGGGUGCGAGUGUCAACGGCGAAACUUGCACGUCAAAUGUGUUGUCGAAUGCCUGCGCGUGGAGUUCGGGUGUCAGGACUUGAAGUUGAUGCACGCUCUGCUCAACCUCGCCUGUGUCGAAGGUAUCUUGCUGGAAGAGAUGGUCAGCAUCACCGUGGCUCUGCUUCGUGGUGUCCUGCCAGGUUUUUGUCUUCGAUCGUCGCGAUUUCACACCAGCGCGCUGGUCGAGAAGGACGUUCGCAGGGAGGUGCUGGCUUUCUGGACUCACACGGCCCCAGGGCGUGACGAUUGCUCGUCUGUCCAUACCUUUGUUGUUGCUGCCGUUGCCGCGGCUGCUUGCCGUCGAAACGCCAGACGACCAGCUUGGACCAUCGCUAUCAUCGUCAGCCGACAAGGGCAACGCAAAAGUCUCGCCGUCGUGCCAUCUGGGCUUGGCAGCUUCAGCUUGCAGCACCGAGCUCUCCAUUUCGAUCUUGAUCUCAGGGCUAGCACUCCGACUGAUACUGUCCAGAUCACGUCCACCCCAGCUUGUGACCCAGAACGUCAGCAGGGCGUACAAUUUAAUCAGGCUGUGGAAAUACGCAAAACAGAUGUACCCAGGCAGAUAGACCAGAUCUUUCGGAUGUCGAGUGAAGUGACUCACCAACUUGACCAUUUUGCUUGCAAAGAUCCACAGGGCCAGCAGUUUCCAUGCUUGUGCACCCGCGAACGUGGUCCGAUUGAGCGUGUAAAACAGCGCGGCGUCGUAGAACAGGGCGAAAUUGACGAAACUGGUCAAGUACACGGCGUACACACACCACGGCUGCGUCCGCCAAACAUGCCCGCGCCGCAGACUCGCCGGGUUCGAGCGCCAGCUCGUGCGCGCCCAACGGAGGCACUGUGACAAGAAUUUGGGGUAGGUGCCCAGGGUCGUUUCGAUCAUCGCGUCGUCCGAGUACUGGAUCUUGAUCUUCCACCCAGCAGCGACCACGCGGCGCGUGAUGUAGUUGUCGUCGUCGGCGUUCAGGGGCCCGAAUAUGCCCAGCAAGAAACGUUCAUGCAAAUAACCGGCUAGGAAUUCGGGACACUGGAGAAUACUCGUGCGGUAGGCGCAUGUGCGUCCGGAAAUGACAAAGACACCGCCGUCGAUGGCGUUGGUGCUUCGGAUCUCGAAGUUGUGGCGCUCGAGGUACAGCGAGCCCAUGACGUUCCAGAAGGCGCGGAAGCCGAACAAGGGCGUGUCGAGGCGGCGGACGCGCUUGUUCGUGCCCACGACGCCGACAGAAGGGUUCUCGAAGGGCGCGAUUGCCGUGGCGACGAAGCGGGGCGACGGCCAGAAGACGUGGUCGUCGACGAGCAGUGUGAUCGAGGUGCGCACACGGGGCAGGACGUGGGCGAUUUGGCGGCGCUUGUUCGCUUGGCUGGUUGCCGUAAUGUGGAUGUCUGUGUUGGGAUGGACCAGCGCGAACGGCCGGAUGAUGCUCCGGGCUUGCGCGAGCAGCUCAGCGCCAACUGUGACGACGUGGAUGGUGCGCGGGUGGUUCGCGAGCACCGAGGCGAGACAUUCGGUGAAAUCGGGAUUGCCGGGUUCGACGGUCGGGAUUAUCACUGUCACGUCUUUCUCGGUGAUGGUGCGACUGCCGGUGCUGGGGAUUGGUGUGGAUUUGUACAAGCAGAAGAAGGCUAUCAUGUGGACGAGCAGGCGGAGGUAGCGGAAGAUGAAGAGGCCGAUGAACGGGGCAUUGGGAUGGUGCAGGACUGUAAGGACGAAGGUCGUCAGUGUUGCGUACAGAGUUGGCCAGUCCAGCUGGUUGAAACUGAUGGUAGAGGUGCGUGGUAGAUCUGGGAACAUAGCGGCGGUAUGGCUUUUCUUACCUUACGGUACUAUAGCCGUGGCAGGGCAAGGCUGUCGGGAGAUUGUGUAGCUUUUGGAAUUGAAGAAGGGGAAAUUCGAGGUCGAGAACAUGGCAGAUGGGCAGUUUCGAAUAUGCUGAGGCAAUGAUCUGAACAAAGACUAGACAGUUGUGGUCCAUUGUUCGAUGAACAAGAAAAUGAACAAUGAAUGAAACAAGGGAA